AAAUUCAACACACAGAAUUGAAUUCACACAGUUACACCAUCACUAACACACACAUAUUCUCUUAUACAUCUUUAAACCAACCACCAAAAAUGGCAAUCUCAAAGACAAAAACAAUCACAUUCUUGUUCAUGUUCUUAACAACAACAACACUAGCAUUCAUGAUCACAAAAACCAACGCUCUAAUCCCAUACAGAACACCUCUAUGGGAACUCAUGCAUCCAUCAGAAGACCCAUUCAAGAUUUUAGAACAAACCCCACUCAAUCUCCCCAAAAAUUUAGAAACAAUCAACCUGGCACGUGCCGACUGGAAGGAGACCACAACCCAUCACGUGAUCACCCUGGAUGUGCCCGGGAUGAAGCAAGGGGACAUAAAGAUCGAGGUGGAGGAGAACCGGGUGUUGAGAGUGAGCGGAGAGCGAAAACCGGACGCCGAAAACGACGGGGAUAAGUGGCACAGGGCGGAGAGGACGAGUGGAAAGUUUUGGAGGCAGUUUAGGUUGCCGGUGAAUGCUGACGUGGAUAAGAUAAAUGCGGUUCUUGAAGAUGGUGUGUUGAGGAUUAAAGUGGCGAAGGUGGCUCAGGAGAAGAAGCAGGCUAAGGUUGUUGAUAUUGUUGGGGGAGAUGGGUCUGGUGAAGAUGUUAGAGCAACCAAGGUUGAUGGUUGAGUUGUUUUAAGGAUAAUUGAGAGAUGAUGUUUGGUUGAUAAUAUAAUAAUAGUAAUGAUGAAAUAAGCAUGAUGUAUAUUAUGACUUAUGAGUGUCUAAAAUUUAUGUUUUUGGAAUGAUAAAGUGUGUAUUAUAAUGGAGAAGUGUAAUUUGCUUUAGUUUUUUAUGCAAUGUAAUUUAAAGAUGGUUAAAACUUUUGAGGAAA